AUGGCUAUCUCGACGGACGUGAGUCCCUUGCCCGCGAUCAUGCUUCACGCCACUCAGCCCCUACCUAAUCCCACCUCGUGCCAUAGGCACGCUGAGCUCACCACGGUUGCAGUGUUCCAUGCACAAGCUGUCACGCACUCGUGUCGUCGCUGCGGUCUGCGCCUGGCCAUCGCCACGGGCGCCGCAGGCGAACUCGGAUAUACCGUCCCUAUGGACGUCGAUGACGAACACUUUAUCCCCGCGCCCGGUGACUGGCGGCCCCAUCUCGCGCGCCUCCCUGGUGGCAUGCGCGUCGCCAGAUCGCCGCUCGGUGCGCCCCCCGAGAUUUCCGAACGCGAGAUGAAGGCAUGCGACACGCGCUUCGUCAAGAGUCGGCCCCUCAGGCGGCUAAGGCUCCUCGCGGACAACACGAUGGACCACAUCGUGCGUUGCAUCUUGGACGACGACAACAACGGUGGCGAUGGCGGCGGAGGUGAUGCCGAGGUGCUAUAUGAGAUACACGCCAGCGGCGUCCGCGCUCUCAACUCGCCUGGCAGCACCCCCGAUGCGCACAUUAAGGUCCACAUGCGGUCGCCGCCAGCAGAAGACGUUGCGGCGGUUGGGCUGUCACCUUACACCAAGGAGCCCACCGACAAUCCCCACGAGCCAUCCGCAUCGUCACGUGCCCACGUCUUUACGCAAGCAUGCCGCUAUCAACUCUUCGCUAACGAGAAGCGCAAGUAUUCAUCCGUCAUGUUCAUUUCGGGUGCGUCGGGGCACGGUGAGACUGCCUACAUCAAUCCGGUGCACGCCCGCUACCGCGCCUUUUUCUGGGCCGCCAAGCCUAUCUGGCGCUGGCAUUCGUCCCAGGGCGCUCUCCUCUGGAUGUCGCGCCGCUACCGCGACGCCGCAAUGGCUGCUAUUGAUACGCGGCUCUGCCUGAUCGACGACUAUGACCGAUUGCUGGCCGUUGUCGACGGAUGGGACGGGCUGUCCUUGCUCUGUGCCGUCGACGAUGGCUUCACACAGUAUACACAGCGGCCAAGUAUCCCAGGCUUGAAAAGUAGUACCAUCACACUGUACGCAGAUCUCGACGCGCAAUUGUUAGGCGAGGUCCUAGGGAGCCUAUGUGUUUUGGCGGUGCAGGUGAGGCGUGUCACGGCCGAGUUCAAGAAAGAAAAUGAGGAAAGGAAACGCAAUACCAGACAGAUAUACUAG